AUGAACAACCCUCCGAGCCACGUCAGAAUCACCGGCGUCGGAGAAUCCAAACAGGAUCUCAUCGAGACGGGAGCUCGGCUUUCCGGAUUCGCCGAGGCCUUAAACCUAGAAUUUGAAUUCCAUCCGCUUCACAAAAUGCUGUACGACGCCACCGGCGGCGCUCUUAGAGACUUUUUCCGGCUAAUUCGAAGCACAAACCCUAGCGUUGUGGUGAUGGCGGAGCAAGAAUCCGAGCAUAACGACGCUGUUUUGGAAAAGAGAGUAUCGAAUUCAUUGAUGUAUUAUUCUGCUAUCUUGACUGUAUCGAUUCUGUGUUUCCAUUACAAAUGGUGGCGGUCGAUGGCGGAGCUCGGCGGAUUCAGAAGCGUGGAGAUCAGCGAGAGGGGAGUUUCUCAGAGCCAAAUGAUACUGAAAAUGUAUGAUCAUCCAUUUGGUCCGAAUUCCUUCAAAGUGGAGAAGCAGCAGCAGAGGCGGGUGUCUGAUGGCGGUGCCGCCGCCGGUGUUACUCUGAGCUGGUCUGAUCAGCCUCUUUACACCGUGUCGGCGUGGGUCCCGUCGGAUGUCGCCGGAAGUUCGUCGGCGUAUCAGCAAGCAGCAGCGUGA